AUGUGGCCCCUCAUCCUGCUGUGGGGUUGCCUGGUGGUCCCAGGUUACAGAGCGCUGCAGGGCCCGAAGGAGGUCACCGGGUUGGAAGGCGACUCGGUGUCAGUGCAGUGCACCUACGGGGACGAGCUGCGCGCCCACAGCAAGUACUGGUGCCGCGAGGCUGGGAUGUUCCUGUCGCGCUGCUCCGGCACCAUCCACGCGGCAAACGACGGCAGCGAGACCACAGAGGGCCGCGUGUCCAUCCGCGACAGCCCGGAAGAGCGCCUAUUCACCGUGACCUUGAGAGCCCUCACUCCCAUGGACACCGGGGAGUACUGGUGUGGAGCCAGGAAGCUGCGCUCCCAUAAAUUCUUCCGAGUCUUUGUGCGUGUCAUUCCAGGGACCCCAAGUCACCCAGGAAGCUCCAUCCCAGCCGUUGAACUGCAUACAGCCCCAGCAGAGGAUGCUGCAGCCGCCCCCAGCAACUCCGAGGCCAGGGUGACCAUCCCCACAGCCCGUAUGUUGUCUCCCUUCCUCGUGCUGCUCAGCCUCCUGCUCGCCGCGGGCCUCAUCGCCUUGGGCAGCCACAUGCUCGGAUGCGGCAAGGAAGCUCAACCGGCCUCAGAGACAGAGAAGAGCCAGGGGACUGAAGUCUACUUCUCCACCUUGGCCCCAGAGGAAGUAACCACCCCUUCCCAGUUCGCUGAGGAGGACAGGAUCGCAGGGGACCCACCAUGCACACCGGAGGAGCAGCUGGCUUUCUCCAAGUUCGUCUCCGUGUAG